AACCUAACUUCAUUCUAAGCUAUCGACUCAUGAUGGUGCCCCGUCACAUGAUCCACUGGCGGAUCUAUGUCUACGCCAAUGGCCUGUACUCCUUGCCCGAUUUAAAGACGCGCGGAUUUCGUGAGUGGUCGCCGCAGUACUUCAGCCGCAAUCCCUUUGAGUUGCACAGGGUCAUGGACUUUGUCAACCGCGAUGUGUCCAUCUUGUUGAGGGCCAACAAGAGCGCCGUGCUGAAUGUGUACGAGACCGUUUUGAGUCUGCUUCCUCGGGUUGGCAUCAAAAGCUCGGAAUUCCUUAAUGCCAUGAGCAGCUACUUCGGUGCCAAGACCAAGCACUUCAUCCACGAGCUGAUCAACUUUGCCCGCUCGCCGUACGACGACCUAAUAUCCUACGAGUGCAGUGUCCAGUACAAGUUUCGUUCUGAGGAUGACGACGGUCCGAGUACCGCGGCAGCGGCCAGGGAGCGGCAGAGACUUGCUUGUGGUGCCGGCUUGUUGAACUUCGUCGACUUUACCCGGCGCAUUAAUCCCGACGACUGUUCCGGCUUCGAAGCGGAACUGAUGCUGGAGGACGAGGAUGCUGGGGAACUGGACGAAAUGGUCAUUGAACACUUCAAUCGUCCGCUGGUCUUAGAGCUACGCCGCAACCUAGAUGGCGACAUGUCGGAACUUACGACACCAGCAGGAGCAGCAACUCAGUCGGCUGGAUCGCAUCCAGCAGGAAUACUUUCGCCGGGACCAGACCAGCCGUUGACAUCCCAGCAGCAACAGCAGCCGCAGCCGCAGUCGCAGCAACCGGCAACACAGCAACCACCUCAACCACAGCAGCAGCAGCAGCAGCUACAACAGCCACCACAAUCGAAUCCUCUCGCUCAGCCAGCACCUCUAACGUUGCAGGCCGCCAUUCAUGCCGCUGUCCAGGGCCCUGGGCUACCACCAUCAAACCCUGCCCCCCGUGUGGGGAUAGUGCACAGUGUGCCAGUGAACGACCUGGAACUGGAAGUGGCCAUCGAGCGCAGCCUGUACGAUACAGGUGGGCCCAGUAGGGUAGACCCCUAUUUGCCCGGCGGGCGUGCUCUCACGGUGGCCAACCCCCACCUGUCACGCAGUAUAUCGAUCGGAGGCGGCGGCGUGCCUCUCAAUCCUCUUACAUCGGCAGGAGGAGCGGCCAAUCCAUCGGUGCUGGUCCAAAACAUAUUGGCCACGGCUGCCGGGCAGCGGAACCGUCGUCGCCGCCAUGCCGGCAUGCGCGUCCGCCAUCAACCCAACUAGGACCGGGACCGAAAGCAGGACCCUGGCCAUAAUUUGUUUCCAACUAAGACUUUAUACUUUUAUAUUCUCAUGUAUAAUACAACAGGGGAGUAAUGCGCUCCAAAGGGUUCAGAACAAUGCAAAAAGACAUCAAAAAUUGA